CGCAACCUCUCCUAUGCUGCCAUUUUUGUGCUACUGGCUAACUUGCUAAGCAAGGGGUCUCCAUCAGAAGGAGGCGGAGAAGACUGCAGGCAGCAGAGAGAGGCAGUCAAAUCAAGAGACUGAACCUUCCCUGGAAAAUCGGGGAGCUCUUCCACACAGGAAACCGUUAUUAGAAAGGCUGUACAAUGUCUGACUUUGACAGCAACCCGUUUGCAGACCCGGACUUCAGCAAUCCCUUUCAGGAUCCUUCGGUGACGCAGGUGACCCAGUCUGCCCCUCCUGGUGGUCUGGAGGAGUAUAACCCCUUCACAGACGCCAGAACGGCGGCUCCUGGAAAUGCCCCAAAAUCUACUCCUGCCCCUUCCCAGAACACACAACCUGCCAUCAUGAAGCCCACAGAAGAGCCGCCGGCGUACUCACAGCAACAGACUCAGCGGCGUAAUGAGGACCAAGCGCGUGCUCAGGCUGAGUUGUUGAGAAGGCAGGAGGAGUUGGAGAAGAAAGCAGCAGAGCUUGAUCGUCGGGAGAGAGAGUUACAGUCCCACGGAGCCGUGGGAGGGCGUAAGAACAACUGGCCUCCACUGCCAGAGAAGUUCCCUGUUGGCCCAUGUUUCUACCAUGAUAUUGCAGUGGAUAUUCCUGUAGAGUUCCAAAAGACCGUCAAGAUCAUGUACAACCUUUGGAUGUUUCAUGCAGGCACGCUCUUUGUGAACAUGUUUGGCUGCUUGGCCUGGUUCUGUGUGGAUGCAUCUCGUGGUGUAGAUUUUGGUCUGGCCAUGCUAUGGUUUCUGCUGUUUACCCCCUGUUCUUUCGUCUGCUGGUACAGACCGCUUUACGGGGCUUUCAGGAGUGACAGUUCAUUCCGCUUCUUUGUCUUCUUCUUCAUCUAUAUCUGUCAGUUUGGAGUUCAUGUCCUACAAACGAUUGGCAUCACCGGCUGGGGAACAUGCGGUUGGAUCGCAGCUUUAACUGGUCUGAACACCAGUAUCCCAGUGGGCAUCAUCAUGUUACUGAUUGCAGCUCUGUUCACUGCACUGUCUGUGGGCUCGCUGAUUAUGUUUAAAAAGGUGCACGCUCUGUAUCGUACCACUGGUGCUAGUUUUGAGAAGGCUCAGCAGGAGUUUGCAACUGGGGUCAUGUCUAACAAGACCGUUCAGACUGCAGCUGCCAACGCUGCAGCUAAUGCUGCAACCAGUGCCGCUCGUGGGGCCUUCAAACCUCAGCCAUAAACUGACACACAUAUGCACAUGCACACACAUGCUCACACACACACACAAACACACACACACUCAAAAGUUGGAGGUGCACAACUCUGGCCCUGCAGGCUCUCAGAUCAAAUUGAUUCUAUUUAUGAAUGUUGUUAUACAAAGAUUGCUCGGUACACUUUGCUUAAAAAGUGCAAAGAGUCAGAGACCAGAAAUAACUGGAUAACAGAAAUUAGUCAGAUAAAGUGACUAGAGUUGUCCACCUUCACUUAAAAUCAAGUUUCAGUAAAAACUCUCCUACAUCCUUCCUGUCUGCUUUUCAGUCAGAUAACGGCCUGCUCACAUCCCUUGAAACAUCCACUAAGUGACUCAAGGUGUGCUCUCUGAGUAUGUGGGAUUUCAUCUCACUCCUUCGCUUUCCCAGUUCUUCUGUCCCCUUGAGGUGAUCCUAGGUCAGGCAGUUCCAGCAUACCUUAUUUUUGUCAUGGUGUUGACCUCCAAACUGCUUCCUGCCUGGUUAAUACAGUACAGAGUCAUGAAAAGUGAUAAUCUGAUCAUGGUGUUUCUUGGUCACAUACCUAAAGUACAGUGUAUGUUUGAAUAGCUGGGCCUGCGUGUGAAUGUGUACUUCACUCUAAGAAAAUUGUGGGUCUGACUUAGGUUUUUUAUAAUCCAGUGCUUGGUCAUUGAGAUCUGAAAGGUAAAUUGUACCUUGUCCCAUAUCUGUGCUUCUAUUCCAAGACUCUUGACAAAUACCAUCCUGGUAAUCCUUAUAAAUAGAAAUAUGCCCCCAGCAGUGCUCCAGUGACACCUGUCAGUUGAACAAUUAUUCCCACUUUGUGUGCUACUUUGAUUGCCAACGUGGGCUGCGUCAGCAUCUCUCUGGCUUACCAGGAUUUGACAGCAUGAUAACGACAUGCAUGUUUAGCACACUCAAGGUAGCUGCUUCUUUGGCAAAGUCAUUCUGUCUACAGGUGGUAGCUGGGUUUGGGGGAAUGUCUGCCUACUUAAUUUCCCUUGGUUUCUGUGAGAAGUGAGCUGUAAAGGUAUUGCAUGUCCCAGUGGCUAUUGGACUGAUUGAUGAUGUUUGGAUCUAUUUGUGAAGACACAUUGAACACCCAGGUCAGUAGUUCUAGCCACAAACCUAAAAGAGGUUCAGUCAGAUGCUUUCAUGACCUGGUGCACUAAAAGGGGAAAAAACUUGAGAAAUAUUCACAUUUUUUAAUGUAUGUAUGGCAUUAACAGACUACUAUGUGGCUGUCCCUCAAUUGUUUUUGUAGCCCUUCACACUUCGUUAAAACCUAACGCUGCUAUGAAUCUGAGGCCUCCUGCUCCUCAUGUCUCCUGUUGAAAAAGACACACACCAUGCAUAGGGGGAACUGAGAGAAGUGACCUGCCUUUUCUCACAGAAGAUGACCUGGACCGUGAUAAAGCUAUGGUUCUUCUUAAGAUUAUCUUGCAUACAUAAAAUAGUAAAAACAUUAAUACUGUGUAUAUGUACACUUCAUAGACUAACAGUCCGUUUGCAUUUUUACAGACAAAAAACUCAGUCCAGUGAUUUUCCUCUAUCAGUAUUGGAUUACUGGCAUCAGAUUUUUCAUAGCCAAAAUGAACAUUAAGAUAACAGAGGAUUGGACUUGAUUUCACAUUCAGUGAUAUCGCUACAUUAAUUUAUAUACAAUAACUGUGUUAUUCAGUACUAAGUUGUACAGACUACUGUCACUGAAGUGAGAUAUGGACGUGGGUUACAUUUGUGUCAUGCUUUAGCACCUCUUGUAGUGGUGGUGAGUGGUGGGAGAUGUGCAUGAUAGAUGACUGGUGACUGGCAGUGCUGUUACAAAUGAAUGGACUGAACAUUAUAGUGGACAAAAUACUCCUGUGAGUGUUACCAAGUUGAAGCUCAAUAAUUUGUCAUGACAUAAUAAGCCUACAUCGUGGCAAUAUUUUUUUUUGUUUGGAAAUAUUUUGUUUUAAAUUCAUUGCACAUUUCUUGUUUUACGUUGAAAUUAGUGCAAAAUACAAAUGUGUUUAUUUAUGGUGUAAUUUAAGUUGUUUGCAUUUCAAUUUUGUUUGGUUUGAUAUGAUCUUCUGUAUUAUGUUUGUGACAUGAUCAUAGCAUCAGCUAGAUUUAAAAGUGUUUAACAACUUUGUAACUUGACCCUGCAAGAGGUGUGCUUGUGUGGAUGAGGAUGUGUGUAUGAUUGGUAUGAAAAGAAAAAAAAAAAUCUCCCUCAAGUGUUAUUCUGUGUCCUGAAAAGCUGUGAGAAAUCUACCAAAUGUCCAUAUAGAUUUGUUUUUAAAUCUUUGUGAUGUGUUCCCUUGCCAUGUUUUAUUUUAAGAUAUUACACAACUUUUCUUUGCUACAAACACCCAUGUGACUCCCAUGUAACUAUAGUUUUAAACAGUUGUUAUAUGAAGCCAUGCCACAGUGGGUCAUUUCUUGAUGUAUUUGGCGAGCUGCAGUACAGAAUGACGUGUUGCUGACACAAAGAUGUGUUUUUGACCUGUGACGAUGUUAUUUCACUGAAUCAGAGAAGAAACUCAUUCAAAAGGGACACUUGUAUAUUUUGUAAAGUUGAAAAUUUGAUCCCCAUUAUCAAUCACAUGUAAAAAGAAAACGUAAUGCACUCUUGUCUGGCCUUUGUUGCAUGUGAAAUAGUUUGAGUUUUGUAUAUUUAUGGUAUUAACAUGAAAUAAAAUUUGAAAGAAA